UUUUGAUGCCCCACUUAUUUUGCAGACUGUUGUGUUGAGGUUGCUUGCUGCUUAACUUAAAAUGUCAGUGCUUGUACAGUCAAUUUAAAAUCGUCCACCAGCGAGCCGGUGUUAUGUCACGACUGGUUUUCAAACAAACUGGUUUCUGUAUAUUGUGUUUACCUAACAGCAGCAGGAGUUGGUGCCCACCUCUUUCACACAAUCACAAACAUUUUACUGGUGAUUUUUAAAUGCUAGCGUUACUUAACAACUGCUGCUGUUUGAAAACCAGUACUGUAGGGACAUAAUACCAGUCCUAAACAACAAAUCACAUGUAUUGAUUUUUUUUUAUUUUUUUUAUAAAAUAAUGUGUUAGUUAGCUGGACUAGCUACUCUGGGCUAUGUAUUGUUUAGCUUGUUAAGCCUGUUCAAGUUUAUUAUCAUAUAGUCAUAAACCGCAUUUAUCAGUAAUGAAAUUAUUUGUGCUCAAUGUCUGUUCAAUUUAGAGAAUAAAAACAAAUAAUACUGGAGAAUGGAGAAAAGGGUAGAAAAAAUAAGAACAAUUGUAGUGCAAAAAUAUAUUUCAAGGACAGUUCAGCAUCCUGAUGGCGUUUGGGUAAAAACUAACCCUGUGUCUGCUAGGACAGGACCUUAUGCUCUUGUAUCGCCUUCCAGAAGGCAGGAGGGAGAAAAGACUGUGGCAGGGAUGACAAGGGUCAGAAAUGAUCCGCUUGGCCUUCCUCCUGCAGCGCUGGCUGUAAAGGUCCUGAAUGGAUGGUAAUGCAGUCCUUGUAAUACGCUGUGCAGGUUUGACCAUUCUUUGUAGCGUCUUCCUGUCCUGGGCAGUGCUGUUGCCAAACCAUGUUGUAAUGCCACCAGUCAGUAUGCUCUCUAUGGUGCAGCGGUGUGUUUGAAAUUGGUCAGUACAGUGCAGUUCAUGCCACAUGUCUGCAGUUGCCGCAGAAAAAAGAGCCUCUGUUUCGCUGUCCUUGUAACCACACCAAUAUGGUGUGUCCAGCUCAGAUCUUCGUUAAUGUUGAUACCAAGAAAUCUGAAACUUUUGACUCUCCACUGCUGUGCCCCUGAUGUGAAUGGGUGCAUGUUCUCCCUGCAUCCGCCUGUAGUCCACUAUCAACUCCCUGGGUUUUGCUACAUUAAGCAGCAGGCUGUUAUCCUGACACCAAGAUGUCAUUGUUGCCACCUCUGCUCUGUAGGCAGACUCAUCACCAUUCUUGAUGCAACCGAUAAUGGUGGUGUCAUCAGCCAACUUAAUGAUGGUGUUGGAGCUGUUAGUGGCUGCACAAUCAUAGGUGAACAGGGAGUACAACAGUGGGCUUAACACACAACCCUGUGGGGCACCAGUGCUGAGUGUUAGACUGGUUGAGGUGAUGUUACCCAGCCGUACUGCCUGUGGUCUGUCUGUCAGGAAGUUCAAUAUCCAGCUGCACAUGGAGGGACUGAUGUUCAGGUUCUGUAGUUUCAUGAUGAGGCUGAUUGGUACUAUGGUGUCGAAGGCGGAGCUGAAGCCGAUGAAGAGCAUCCGCACGUACGUGUUGUUCUGAUCCAGGUGACAGAGAGCAGUGCCAAAGCUACAGCAUCAUCUGUAGGCCUGUAUGCACAACUGGAGUGGGUCCAAUGCAUGUGACAGGCAGGAUGUAAUGUGGUCUUUGACUAACCUCUCGAAGCAUUUCAUCACAACAGCAGUGAGUUUGACAGGGCCGUAAUCAUUGCGACGGGGCCGUAAUCAUUGAGACAGCUCACUGAUGGUUUCUUAGGGACUGGGAUGAUGGUGGCCCUCUUGAAGCUAUUGGGGACGACAGACUGGGACAGGGAGAGGUUAAAGAUGUCAGUGAACACCUCUGCCAGUUCAGGAGCACAGGCCUUGAGAACACGGCCAGGGAUGUUGUCAGGUCCCGGAGCUUUAAGCACAUUCACUCUCCUGAAUGACUUGCACACAUCAGUCACAGAUACCUGGAGAGGGCAGCUGUCUUGCUCCAGCAGUACCUCUGACCUGGUGUGAGACUCAAAUCAAGCAUAAAAGGUGUUCAGCUCUUCUGCAAGAGAAACAGAGACCUCUGCUUGAUGGCUCUUUCCUUUAUAAUCUGUGAUGGUCUUCCACAUGUCUCUGGUGGUGGAUCCUGUGUAAUAACUAAUACUCCACUUUCUCUCUGUACUGUCUCUUUGCCGGCUUGAUGGUUUUUCUGAGUUCAUAUCGGGCUAUUUUGUACUCACAUGGGUCUUGUUGAUCAUACUGUUGCGAUGAAGCUGCAUUACUGAUCUCACUCAAAAUAAUUAUUAAGCUUUUGUGGCGAGUAUGAAUAAGCAAAUACAAUAAUUAACGUACUCAGGACAGUUUCUUCAGUUUCUUCUUGUAAAGAUUACUUUUAUUUCAGCUAAUACCCCAAUGGUGUAUACAUGACCACAUUAAGGACUCUUAACACAUGGUAAGGCUUCUUAAAUGAGUCCUUAAUGUGUCAUAGAAACACCAAUGGGGUACUAGCUGAAGGAAAAGCCAUCUUCACAGGCAGGUGAAGUUUUGAUGUAUCAACACUCACUCAUUCUGCCAUUAUGAAAAUGGACAAUUAGUCAACUUGCAGGACAAUGGAGUUCCCAGAUGGUUUCAACCAGCUGGAGCUUUUGAAGACGCAUGGGCACCUAAUUCCCCGUGGAGGCCAUAGCCUGUGGCCAGGAAAGGAGGGGGAGGAGGAAGAUGAGGAGGAGGAAGAAGAGGGGGAGCACAAUGAGGAGUGGUACACCCAGAGAGAGGAGAGGCUGAAGGGGAGACCACAGGAUUUCAUACUAUGGGCGGCGGAAAAUGACCGUCUGACGACGGUCCAGAGGUUGCUGUCAGAGGACCCUUUACUGGUGCACUGCAGAGACACAGAUGGGUACACCCCGUUACACCGUGCGUCGUAUGGAGGUCAUGUUGCCAUGGUGCCCACACUACUGGUGGCGGGAGCGGACAUUGACCUCCGCACGGUCGAUGGAUGGACGGCACUCCAUAGUGCUUGUCGCUGGGCUCGCGUAGCCGUGGCAACCCUUCUUUUGCAUAGAGGGGCAGAGCUUAACAGCCAGACCAAUGGCGGGCUCACACCACUGCACCUGGCCGCCUCCCACACCAGCCGAUCACCUGCAGACUCCGCCCACACGCUUGAGCUCCUGCUCUCGCAGCGCCAUCUGCAGCCGUGGAUUGUCAGCAGCGGAGGAGAGACGGCGAGCGAGGUUGCCAGGCGGAGCGGACCGCAUCACUUCCUGUUUGAGAUGGUGGAAGACUCUAUUGGCGUGUUGCCUCCGCGCUGAACUCCCCUACCUCUUACCCUUGCUUGCUUCCGUGGACAUUUUGAAUGUGUACAUGUCUUAUUGCAAAUUAAUCUCAAUGUGACUCAGAAUAAACCACACUAGAACAAUA